UCUGAUAUUGCUCGUGUAGCACAGAAGCAGAGCAGAUAUUCGGAUCAGAGCCAGCGGCGAGCUUCACAAAGUUCAAUUUCAGGCAACUAUGGCUUCUUACUGGAGCUAUGGACAAUCCCUCUCAGAUUCUACGAUUCCCUCUACGAGCAGAGCCUUCAUCUCUAGUCCAUGGCAUUGGGGCCUUUCCGCUUCGUCUUUCUCCCAACCUCAUCGCCUGCAGUUUACGGCAUUUCGAGCUCGGAACAUCAAGAAGAUCGAUUCCAAAGCGAACAGACUCACAACUUUCUUCUCUGCUUUGCCUUUCGAUCUCUCCCCUCCUCCGAUCGAUCAGGACCUCCUUGAGACUGCGGAGAUUGAGGGUGCAAGGAUUUCUGAUGAUGGGAUAAUUGAAACUUUUCAUAACGAUGAUGAAGCACUGGAUGCAGCCAAUAAUGGGGUCGCGGUCGUGGAUCUCUCACAUUUUGGCCGACUAAGGGUUAGUGGGGAAGAUCGUUAUCAGUUUCUUCAUAACCAAAGCACAGCUAAUUUUGAAAGUCUACGUCAAGGACAAGGAUGCAGUACUGCAUUUGUUACACCCACGGCUCGGACAAUUGAUAUUGCUCAAGCAUGGAUCAUGAAAAAUGCCAUCACAUUAAUUGUCUCGCCAGUGACUCGCGAAAGCAUAAUUCGAAUGCUCAACAAGUACAUCUUUUUGGCGGACAAGGUAGAGAUUCAAGAUAUUACCAAGCAUACAUCCUUGUUAGUGUUGGUGGGACCUAAAAGCAACCAAAUCAUGGAGGCUUUGAACCUUGGUGAUAUUGCGGGAGAACCAUAUGGAACACAUCAGCACUUUAGUGUUAAUGGUAUGCCAAUAACCGUGGGGGUGGGAAACGUCAUUUCUGAAGAAGGUUUUUCACUGUUGGUAUCACCUGCUGUGGCUGGACCAGUAUGGAAAACUCUAGUUUCUCUAGGUGCUGUUCCAAUGGGCUCAGAGGCAUGGGAAAAGCUGAGGAUAUUUCAAGGAAUGCCAACUCCUCAGAAAGAGCUUACCGAUGAGUUCAAUGUACUCGAAGCUGGUCUUUGGAAUUCAAUUUCUCUCAACAAGGGUUGUUACAAGGGACAAGAGACAAUAUCUAGACUAAUAACAUAUGAUGGAGUAAAACAGAGAUUAUGGGGACUUCAGCUAUCAGAUUCAGUGGAACCAGGCAGCUCAAUAACCAUUGACGGAAAAAGGGUGGGAAAGCUGACAAGCUAUACACCAGGAAGAAAAGGGUUGGAGCAUUUCGGUCUUGGCUACAUCAAGAAGCGAGCUGCUUCCAAUGGAGACACUGUAAUUGUUGGGGAAAACACCAUUGAGGUGGUGGAAGUUCCUUUUUUAGCUCGGCAACAACCACUGUCAAACAGCUCGAGUAUCACGUCUCAAGGCAGUGUAGAAUAAUUAUUGCUACUCUACUGUGCUUGAUCCAAUGUUCUAUACAUCUUUAAUAAUGCAUGGACCCUAAGGCUGAUGGUCUUGGAACCCUGUUUGUGCAAAUCAUUAGAGGUCUGCUUAUGGUUCAGCUGUGUUUAUAAUAUCAAAUCACAUUUUUAACUAUUUGCCAUGGUAGUGAGCUUUAAGGAUYAUAGUAUAAGAAUUUUGUACUUUAAAA